CCAACAGAGUGGACCCCUGAGAUCUGUGCCAUAACCUCUUCUGUAAAUGUUAUAAAAUUUUUAAAGACAGCAAAGAACGGCAUGGGGCUGAUGAUAUCCAAACUGAAGCACCCGUUCCGUGACUUCAAUUUGGAGAGUAGAGCGCACAAAUUCAUUAGUUUGCCCGACAAAAAACCAGCUCCUCGACAUGUCAAAGACGAACUCGACCUGCAGAGGAUGAAAAAAGACUACCCGGAGGUCUUUGAAGAGAGCCUGAAGAAAAAUGAGGUUUUGGACCGGCAUCUGAAAGACGUGUACGUGCAGUCAACGGAUAUUCCGAUAGAACCGCCCAAGAGAAUAGACCCAACGAGGCCACUGCCACAGGACAGACAACAGCCCGAGGAGUUUCUGUUCGGCCAUAAGGAGCCAGACAGGAUCCCGGUGGGUAAAACCACUUUACGGCAGGUUCUGAAAUUCGUUUCGUAUCAUCAGGGCGACCCAAAGGUCCACAAUGUGAAGCAGAUUGCCGAAGAACAUAAACUUUCAGAGGAUUUAGUCAGAAACAUCCUCAAGUAUUACAGGGUGUUUGAAGUGUACAUGCCGAUAGAGAAGGGCAAAACAAAUGCCAAGUUUGCUGGGCCCAGCAACCCGAAAGUCAGGAUCAUUAAAGAAGAGAGAAAGUUGAUUGGGUCAUUUAAGGGAAAAAGUGAUAAGGAUGAGACGUGAUCCUGUUGCUGGAAAGUAUGUACGUAGUUCCUGUUAAAUUCAGCCAAGUUUGUUGCUUUGACCCUGAGCCUGGGGGCGAUUUUCCAGCCGGUUGCUUUACAUUGCUAUUAUUUUAGAGCAAUAAACCAUUCUCAGAGCAGAA